AGAGGAGGAGAUAACGAAAGAAGUUUGACGUUCAGGAAAUAGUCCCCUUUGGUCCGAAGGAGAAGAAGGAGCUAAACUGCGGACGCUAGGAUUUGAGUCGCUUGUGUUCACACGGAGCUCUUGCAAGCGCGUGCCAGUGAGGUGUUUAUUUGGUUUUUGGGGAGUUUUUUUUGGGAAGUCUGGCGGCAGCUGGCGGUGACAUAUGUUCGGUUUCCCCCCGCAGCCGCGGAGCAGAUUGGCGGCGGAGGCUGAAUCUCAGCGUCUCUGUGUAUUUUGAAUGGAAGUGCUCGGCUGUCAGCGGAGUAAAGCUCAAUAUUGUGGGAACGCGCGACUGUCAGGCUGAAGAAGUGCAGCAGUGGCUCGCGCUCGACUCAAAACCCUACGGCUUGUUUUCAUAUCAGCCCGAACCUUCCUCGUGCUUACUGGGUAAACAUUUGAGUUGUAUGCCAACUGCAUAUAAGUUACCCCCCCUUGACACUUUGGACGGACUCGUGUGGGGAAGAGGAGUGCUUUAUUAUCGCGUGUGUGGUGCAUUUGUAACUCGAGCUCAGCUGGAUUGAUUCUCGUGCACGAGCCCCACCGAAACAUGCCAGUCAGGAAAAAAGAUGCAGAGCGGGCUUUGUUUCUGCUGGAGGAAUACCGGUCAAAACUCAGUAACACUGAAGACAAACAGCUGAGAAACUCUAUCCAGAGAGUCAUUGACAUCUUCCAGAGUAACCUCUUCCAGGCACUCAUAGAUAUCCAGGAAUUUUACGAAGUGACCUUAUUGGAUAACCAGAGAUGUGGGGAAUCAGUGAAAGUGCCCGAUGCCAUGCCUCCGGUGAACCUAUGGGAUUUCUCCAGCAUUCAAAGCGCAACAGUAACUUCAGACACCCUGCCCAGCCUUAGCACCAGCAUAGAGGACUCUUCUCUCCUAAAUGAAAUUCUUCAUGCGCUCGCUAAAGCGAAAUCCUCCCCCAGUGAGCUGGACCAAAAGUACAGGCACCAUGAUGAGGACACAGGAUCUCCACAAGAGCAGAGCUCGCCAGAGCUUAAUGAUGAGGCUACUGGGGCAGAACUGGUCCAGGUGGCCGAGAAGAACCUGUCCCAGAUUGAAAACGUCCAUGGCUACGUAGCACAUGCACAUAUCUCCCCAAUGAAGGUUGAAUCACUGGAAUGCAUCUUCGAUGGGGCAUCCACUGUAGUGAAUGAGGAGAGUCCUCCUCCUCUUACUACUUCCCUCUCCAACCCAUACCCUCAAAGUCCUGUGACAUUCCAGCAGACAGAUGCUGUCCCACCCUCCACUCUCAUAAUCCCUGUGAUCCCAAUCUCCACUGUCCCUUCGGAGCCCGCUGUCAUCCCUCCACCGACGUCACAGGCAAAUCCUCCCCCUGUUGUGGUAAAUACAGAGAGUUUGGAUUCAGCCCCAUAUGUUAACGGCACAGAGGCUGACUUUGAAUAUGAAGAGAUUUCACUGGAACGGGGUAAUUCAGGCCUGGGUUUCAGUAUCGCCGGUGGCACAGAUAACCCACACAUUGGUGAAGACCCUAGCAUUUUCAUCACCAAAGUCAUCCCAGGGGGUGCUGCUGCUCAGGACGGGAGAUUACGGGUGAAUGAUGUGAUUCUGCGAGUGAAUGAGGUGGACGUAAGGGACGUGACCCACAGUAAAGCUGUGGAGGCAUUAAAGGAGGCGGGGUCACUGGUCAGACUGUAUGUCAGGAGAAGAAAGUCUGCCUCUGAGAAAGUCAUGGAGAUCAAGCUCAUCAAAGGUCCCAAAGGUCUUGGUUUUAGUAUAGCAGGGGGUGUUGAAAAUCAGCACAUCCCAGGGGACAAUAGCAUCUACGUCACUAAGAUUAUUGAAGGUGGAGCUGCACACAAAGACGGGAGGCUACAAAUAGGCGACAAACUUCUUGCGGUGAAUAGUUCCUGCCUGGAGGAGGUUACCCAUGAGCAUGCCGUGACUGCCUUGAAAAAUACUCCAGACGUGGUCUACUUGAAAGUGGCUAAACCCAAUAGUGUCUUUAUGAAUGACAGUUUUGCCCCUCCUGACAUAACUAACUCAUAUUCCCAGCACAUGGAAAACCAUAUCAGCCCUCCGAGCUAUCUGAGUCAACCCAUGCCCCCGGUGCAUUCUGGACGCUACUCCCCGACCCCAAAGACUAUGAUGGGCGAUGAUGACAUCUCCAGCAGAGAGCCCAGGAAGGUGGUACUGCAUCGUGGUUCUACAGGACUUGGCUUCAACAUUGUGGGUGGAGAGGAUGGAGAGGGCAUCUUUAUCUCUUUCAUCCUGGCUGGAGGCCCUGCAGAUCUGUGUGGAGAGCUAAGGAAAGGAGACCGCCUGGUGUCUGUGAAUGGAAUAGACCUACGCAGUGCCACUCAUGAACAGGCUGCCACAGCUCUGAAGAACGCCGGACAAACUGUCACCAUUGUCGCCCAGUACAGACCAGAGGAGUACAGCCGAUUUGAGGCCAAGAUCCAUGACCUGCGAGAGCAGAUGAUGAACAGUAGCAUCAGCUCAGGCUCAGGAUCCCUGAGGACCAGUCAGAAGAGAUCGCUAUUCGUCAGAGUGCUGUUUGAUUAUGAUAAAACUAAGGAUUCGGGAUUGCCCAGCCAGGGCCUGAACUUCAAAUUUGGGGAUAUCCUGCAUGUGGUGAAUGCUUCAGAUGAUGAGUGGUGGCAGGCAAGGCAGGUCACACCUCAAGGAGAGGUGGAGAUGGGCGUCAUCCCUAGCAAGAGGAGAGUGGAGAAGAAAGAGAGAGCCAGAUUAAAGACAGUAAAAUUCAACUCAAAGUCACGAGAGAAAGGGCAGUCCCUCAAUGACAAGCGUAAAAAGAACCUCUUUUCCCGCAAGUUCCCCUUCUACAAGAACAAGGAGGCGAGUGAGCUGGAAACAAGCGAUGUGGACCAGCAUGUCACUUCUAAUGCCAGUGAUAGUGAGAGUAGUUACCGUAGUCAGGAGGAAUAUGUGCUGUCAUAUGAGCCAGUCUGUCAACAAGAAGUGAACUACUCAAGACCAGUGAUUAUCUUGGGUCCGAUGAAAGACAGAGUAAACGAUGACCUUAUAUCAGAAUUCCCUGACAAAUUUGGCUCCUGUGUUCCCCAUACAACAAGGCCAAAGCGUGAUUACGAGGUGGACGGGAGAGACUACCACUUUGUCCUGUCCAGAGAGCAGAUGGAGAUAGAUAUACAGGAGCACAAGUUCAUUGAGGCAGGCCAGUACAACAGUCACCUGUAUGGAACCAGUGUGCAGUCUGUCAGAGAGGUGGCCGAGAAGGGCAAACACUGCAUUCUAGAUGUAUCAGGCAACGCUAUCAAGAGACUGCAAGUUGCUAAGCUUUACCCCAUCGCUAUUUUCAUCAAACCAAAAUCAAUGGAGAACAUUAUGGAGAUGAACAAAAGACUGACAGAGGAACAAGGCAGGAAGACAUACGACAGAGCCAUGAAGCUGGAACAGGAGUUUAUGGAGCACUUCACAGGCAUUGUUCAGGGGGACACUUUGGAAGAGAUCUACGAUGAAGUAAAACAGAUCAUUGAGGAACAAUCUGGGCCAUACAUAUGGGUACAGUCCAAGGAGAAACUAUGAGCGCCUUCAAGAGUUCCUGUCAUCCCUCUCUCUCUGCCUGUUUUAUUUAUUGAUUUUUUUCCUUUUAUUGGUCUUUUUUUAUCUCAGUUGGAAUUCUCCAAUUGACAACUCAACAAAUUAAUUCCUUAAUCCAACAAACUUCAAUCUCAGUUCAGUUCUGCAUCACCUCCUGACUUCUAGCUCUUCAGUAGCUAUUUAAAGCGAAGAGGAUCUGUCCUCCUCGGAUCUAAACUGCUUCCAAGCUUACAGAAAGCAAAGCUAUGCCAGACCAGCAUCUGUUUACCAGAGUUUUGGAAAUGGUACAGUUCCUUAAUGUUUAAGGGAGGUUACUUUGUUAGGAAAAAGAAAGAGUGAUGUGGACUUUCUGAUGCAAGUCUCUUUAAAUUUUUCUUGUUCUAUUCUUUGUUCUUUUUGUGUAAGAUAGUAAUAUGGGGCUGGAGUCUCAGGCAUUGGAUUCAUGAAACGGUGAAAAACACUCACACAAACAAGCAAAACUUUGCACGUUAUAGCUUCUAAGACCAUGUGUUCUUUAGCCCUCUUUCUUGUGGUUCAUUUCCACCGUAGUCCCGUAUAUUCGGCACAUUGUCUGUUUUUUCUUUUUUUUUCUUUUUCCUUGACUGUUGUAUUGGCAUGCUUAUUGUAUUGGCAUCCUCAUUCUAAAUGUCCACGUUAUGGAGCCAUUGUGUUUAGACGAUGUUGCGCUGCACCGGUAUGAGACGUGUGCCACCACCGUUAGAAUGUUGGCGUCUACAAUCAGUGUCUUACACAAGAGUAUGUGUUUUCAACACGUUGAUUUACAUUUAGGAAAGUCUGCCAUUUGUAAGGAACUGAUAUUUUUAAGAGAUGUCUUCUCACGUCCUUGGCAAUAAAAUGCCACUGCGUAUGUGGAAGAAAUUUAUUGUACAAUGAGAUCUUAACAGAUAUUUAACCCUCCAUAAACUGCCUAUUUUGUUAUAAUAAAAGUCUAUAUUGAGCUUUACUUAAGCACUGUUAUGAUGGGAGUUAUUUUCUUGACAUCAUACAAUGUAUAUUAGACCCUGAGAUUUAAAAUGAAAUGGUAUGAGUAUAUAUUAUUUCUGUUACCACCCUUUGAUUAUUUUACUAAACUAAAACAAAUGACAAGAAACAGGGCAGUGAGAGGACUACAUCUCUUUGUGGACAGGAAAUAGAAACUAGCAGAUCAUUAAGCAGCUAGUUCUCUGCCUUCCUGUCCUCUCACUGCCACUAAUUCAACUUUGUCUGCUCAAGUGCUACAUCAGAGUCAAUACUGUGUGGAGAAGAGUGCUCUGUUCGUCCGUCCCCCUCUCAGACACAACCUGUCUCAGCUGGAAGAAGAGCUUCUCUGAGCUGAUGAAGCUUCGGUGCAGGGCUGAUGCUGGAAGCUCCACAGUGACUCAUUUUUUUUCUAAAGCCGUCCUGGAGUGGGCGUUCUGCCUGCUCUUUCUACGACAUUACUGUUUUCUAUUUAAAGACUGCUUGUUCUACCAUCUCACCACCUCUGCUUUUUAGGGACAUAUUGGGACUGGAAAAACGAAACAUGUAAAUAACAUACUGAUCUGAUUUAUUCCAUUUAUCAAACCGAACAAGAGGAAAAUGGCUAAUUCAAGAUGAAUAAAGUAAAUUCUUUCUCAUUCAGCACAGUGCUGGUGUGAGUGUUCCUUCAGAUGGAGGGCUAAUGUAUGUUGGAACUGUGUUAUUCUGUACAGCUGUUUUGGGACCAGUGAAAGGCUUUAACUUUAAGCAAAUCUUACAAACUCCAGGGUUCCCAGCUAUAUUUGACCAGUGAAGUUUUUCAGUCAUUUGAGAUUAUUGGAUAAAGAUGUUUUAAAACCAUUUCAUACAGAUUGCAUACACACACACAAAAUAAGAGCAAUUUCUAGCCGAUUAAAUAUUUUAGAGCUGUGCUACUAAAGCAAUAUACACUCGCCAUAUAAAUGGCCAUGAAUGCAAAUGGCAGUUUAAAAAUUCCCUGAUAUUUCCAGGUAUGUCCAUCACCGUGGGAAUCCUAUAAAACAUUUAUGGCGUCUUCAAGUAUUCGGACGACCAAUACACCUCCGAGAAAGUUUACAUAUUAGUGUUUAUGAGACUGCUAAUAUUAAAUGAGGCCGAUUUAUGGAUAUUGCAAGUUAAUAACAAUUGCGAUAUAACAUGAUUAAGUGUGUUGAUAUUCAGUACAACUGCAUGAUUGUGAGAGUGAUAUUGCUGUUUUUUUAACAGUUCUAUAAACAGAAAUGUAAUAGCGAGCAACUGACACAAUAUGGCCAGCUGUUUCUUUUUACAUUGUUGCAAACCAUAGAAAUAAAAUUCUAUAUAGUGAAGUUGAGUGACACAAACCGAAAUGUAUGAAAUAUCAGCACUCUUGGAACACUGCUUGUCUUAUCAAAUUAGAGAACCUGACUGUUGUCACCUGUAGAAACAACAGAGAAAAUGCUCUAGAUGCUUAUAUAAUAAUUUAUAACUUCUUCCAGCUAAACCUUUCCAUGCCUGAUGAUCAUCUGCCCCUAAUGUGAGGAUGUCUGAAUUCAACAUGAAUUGAUUCAACAAAACUUCAGAUGUUUUUCAAAGGCAUAUUCGGGGUUCAAUACAAGUGAAGCUCAAUUGACAACAAUUGUGGCAUAAUGUUGAUUACCACAAAAAUAAAAGCAGCAAAAAUCGAGGUGACAGUGAGGCAUUUACAAUGGAAGUGAAUGGGGCCAAUUUUUGGAAGGCACUUACAUUAAAUCUUCUAUUAAAACACAUGUAUUAUUUUAGCUGUAAUAUUGUUCAUAUGAAAAUUUUUUGGGGGGUUUAUGACGUUAUGUCGUCAUGGUAACAAAGUUGUUAAAUUGGAUCUACCAGUAAAAGGCUAGAAAGCGAUUUUAAAACACUAAACUCAUGUUAACACAUGUAUUGUUAAUGUCUUGUGUCUAUAUUUUUUGAAGCAGUGAGGAUUUAAACCUUUACGGAUUGUCCCCCAUUCACUUCUAUUUUAAGGAGGGACAAGUUGAAAAUAUUUUUGUGGUAAUCAAUAUUAUGCCACAAUGCUGUCGAUUGCGUUUAACCUUAUUAAACCUUAUUACUGAACCAGGAAUAUUCCUUUAAUAUCCAGCUACCAUGCUUAUCGGAAGUCCCAUAAAGCCACAUCGGUUAUAAUGCUGAGAAUUGGAGCUCUUGCACCGUCUCUGAUCUUCACUGUUUAAAUACCUUAAUUUACUGUUGGGACAGUCAGACCAAAAAUGUGGGGGUGAAAUUUGUGAACACUGAUUCCAAUUCAUCACAACCUAUUAUAGUUUAUUUUACCAAUGACAUGGUACUUCUACGGUCAUAAAAUAAAUUUUCCAACAGCUUUACAGUGUUAUUAAUUUAAAUUAGUCUAUUAAGGGCCAUUUAACAGCAGUCUGAUGAUGCAACUGACACCUAAACAUUCUGCAGUCUUAAAUGGCGAUGUAGUCAGAUUCCACUGAUGAAACAAAUGCCAAGUCUCAUCUCAGCCACUCGAUUCACUCGUC